AUGGCGUCAUACAGUGAUAAUGAAACAGGUUUUUCUGAAAGUGAUAUUAAUUUUGCACGUAAAACAUUUUUUCGUGAUUGUCCAAAUGGAUAUUGUUCAAAACAAAAAUUUCUAACAUUUAUACGAAAAUCAGCUGUACAGACACCCAUGCAAAAAUCGACACUGUCAACACUAUUUUUUCAAACAUUAAUUACAAGACAAAACUAUCGACAAAGUAGAAAAUUUUUUUCUAUGAUGUUUGAUAUUUACGAUCGAAAUCAUGAUGGACAAUUAGAUUUUAAUGAAUAUAUUUAUGCACUAUCAGCAUUAACUGGAGCUAAUCGUUUACGUACAGUCGAAACAUUAUAUAAUUUUUUUGAUACACAUAAUCAAGGUUAUAUAACAAGACAUGAAUUUAAUUCACGAAAAAAAUUAGCUGCACAAUUUCUUGGCCAAUAUAAAACUGGUAUUAAUGAUAAUUUAUCAUAUGAACAAGCAUUUAAUACCAUGGAUGUAAAUAAAGAUGGACGAAUAUCUAAAGAAGAAUUUAUUCAAUGGCAUUUAAAAGAUCAUUUAACAUCAGAUAGUGCUAAACCGGUGAAAAAACGUACACGUAUCUUAAAAAACUUAUCAACUCUAGUCGACAUUCGUGGUCAAAUUAAAACAUCAUCAUUACAACAUCAUGAUGGUAAUAAUAAUAAUAAUAAUAAAAGUCCAAUUGAUGCUUGGUUAGAAACAACAAUGAAUUCAAAUAAUCAAUUUGAUCUUUCUUCAGUACCAUCAUCACCAACAUCAACCAAUACUGAUCGAUAUUUAUUAAAAGUGAUCCGUCGAGCACGAAAUCAUUUUGUUCCACAUAAAAAUAUCACAAAUGAUGAAACAAUCAAUAAGAAACAAAUCUCAAUUGAUAAUCAAUCGGAUUCAGGUGUAUUUACUUUAUCAUCAAGAACAAAUAUAAAUGAUGAUUUUGAAUCAAAUAGUUUACUUGAUAUUGAUGAGAAUUGUUCAGAAUCUAUUAAUACAUAUGAUCCAGAAAAUGAACUUUUAUGUCAAUCAUUUGAAAAUGCUCUAAUGAAAGCAUUACUUGAAUUAAAGCAACAUAGAGAACAUCGAUCCAAUAGUUAUGAUACUAAUAUAACUAUCGAAGAUAAACAUCAAUCAACAAUAACUCGUUUAUAA